UACAAUUAAAAUUGUUAUUUAGAAACAUUGUUUGAUUGUUCAACGCCUUGUCUGAUCUUAUUAAUAGCGAAUUUCAUAUUAAUAAUAGCCAAAUAAUUAUUUUUUUAAGUGUUGCAAUCAAAUUUUGCUUUUUUCAAAUAUGGAAUACGACGGAAGACAUUUGCAAAAAGGCGAUCCCCUACCGCCAUUUAGUGGAAAACCACGGCUUUUUUCCAUGAGGUUCUGUCCUUAUGCCGAACGAUGCGUUCUGAUGUUGAAUGCAAAAAAAGUGGAAUACGAUUUAGUUUUUAUAGAUAUAAGCAACAAACCGGAAUGGCUUUUUACGUUUAAUCCUAAAGGCUCUGUACCAAUUCUGGAGUUUGAAGAAGGCAAAGCCAUAUUUGAAAGUUCAAUAAUUACAUCCUAUAUAGAUGAGAGGUAUCCAUACCCAGCCCUUCAGGCCGUAGGAGCCCUCAAAAGAGCACAAGAUAAAGUUGUUGUGGAGUUGUUGUCUAUUGCUCAAGCUGCAUAUUAUAUAGCAGCAUUCAAUGCUCAGGCAAUAAAGCCAGAAACAGUGCAAAGCUAUCAUCGAAGUCUAGAAAUACUGCAGAAAGAUAUCAAAGGCAGAGGUACAACAUAUUUGGCUGGAGAUAAACCUGGGUACAUUGAUUAUAUCGUCUGGCCAUUCUUGGAGCGUUAUAUAGCUCUUGAUCUAGUAGGAAGACAUGAAUUCGCUAUUACAAAAGAUAAAUAUGACAUAUUGAUAAAAUAUAUGCAUGCUAUGAAGAAAGACCCUGCGAUUCAGUCCUACAGUUUAGAGCCCGAAAACCAUGCCAAGUAUAUCGAAUCUCGUGUCAAAGGAAAGCCAGACUACAGCGUCGACUCUCCUACUUCAUUUAUUAUGAAAAAUAAUAAAAUUAUAAAGCCUAAAAAGAUAGAUACAUAUCAGGAAUCUAUUGAAUUAAAUACUAAAAAACCAUCUAUGUAGGCCGUUUGGAAUUUAUGGUGGUACUAGCAAUUGCUUGUGACAUCUUUCACUUAGAAAUACGCGGUAACACAUUAUAUUUUAGAAAUACGCUAUGAGAAUGCAGUUUAAUUAUUUUUCACGUUAGUAUCUAAUUGCAAUUACUCUUACAGAAAGAGAAAAAGCCUAUAUUUGUUAAUAACGUAACUCACAUCAUUUGUGUUUCUUUAAAGAUUCAUUGGGUGUAGGGCAUUAAAUACUCGUAGAAUAUGGAUUGGAUUAGUUUUUAAAACAUUAAUAAUGUACGGUGUUGGAUUAAACAUAUGCUUUAACAACAUUA